AUGCGAGCAGCUAAAUUCAGGAGGGGAAGGAAGAGCCUUGAAGAUGACCCAAGGUCUGGAUGUCCUGAAACUACUACCAGCGAGGAAAACGUCGAUCGUGUUCAAAAUAUAGUGACGGAUGACAGGCGAUUGACUAUACAUCAAAUAGUCAACGCUUUUGGCAUAUCUCGUGAAACAGUUGAGAAUAGUCUACUCAAUGAACUUAGCAUGACAAAGGCUUCUGCUCGGUGGGUGACACCUGACCAAAAGUAUACCGGGUUAAUCACAUCACGGGAAAAUCUGACACUGUUUGAGGCAGAUCAAGCUGGUUUCCUUGACAGUUUCCUAAGCCAGGGUGACUGUUGGGUUCAUCACUUUGAGCCAGAGACAAAGUGA